GCUUAUCCCGAGGUGCCAAAAGGCCACGGCGAGGUUGAUUGGCCGGACGAGAAGCGCGUGAAGAAGGCUCCGCAGCCAAGCUCGGGCAAGCGUGAGACCACAGGGGAGGGAAAAAAGGAGGCUGAGAAUGAUGAGGGCGGGAAGCGAAAGGUAGAUGAGGGGCUGCGAACCUACCGCUCUCCAGACUUGACACCGUUCGAGCAGCUGCUCUGCGCUGUGCUCCUUAGCAAGCCCAUUAGCCAUACCCUCGGCUUGCGUUCGAUACGAACGGUCCUCAGCCCACCCUACAGCUUCGGCACUCCCAAGGCGCUCGACGAAGCAGGAAACGAGGGUCGACGUGAGGCGUUAUGGGAGGCGCGAACGCAGCACAAAGAGAAGACGGCCGAACAGCUCGGCAGUCUCGUCGAGGGGGUACGCAAGCUGACAGGGACCGAUGACGAGGAUCGCGCCAUCCAACUUGCGGCACUCCUAGAGCAUGCCAAGGCCGCAAAUGGACAUCGCGAGGCUGUCGACACCGUGCGGGACAACAUCACACAAAACAUCAAGGGCGUCGGACCCACGGGCGCAGAUAUUUUCUUACGACAGGUGCAGAGGCACAAAGGCUGGGAAUGUGUCUUUCCAUUUGCCGAUCAUCGCGCUUUGGACGUAGCCGCUCGCCUUGGCCUGCUUACUGACUCGAAAGAUGAAGAGGCAGGGGCCAAGAGACUCGCGAGUCUUGUCGGUCAAGACAGGACAAAGUUCGUCGCUCUCUUGGACAUCCUCAUUGGCUUGGACCUGGAAAAAAAGACAGACCAAGUUGUGAAG